AUGGCGGCGUCCUUAGACGAUGAUUUAGAGUUGGAUAACGAAGAUUAUUAUUCUCUGCUCAAUGUCAGGAAAGAGGCCACUCCGGAGGAGCUGAAGGCUUCCUACCGGAGACUCUGCAUGCUCUACCAUCCUGACAAACAUCGAGACCCUGAGCUGAAAAGACAGGCAGAACAGCUCUUUAACCAGGUGCAUCAGGCAUAUGAAGUAUUGACUGAUCCUCAGUCCAGAGCUAUCUAUGACAUCUUUGGGAAGAAAGGGCUGGAGGUGGAGGGCUGGGAGGUGGUGGAAAGGAAGAGAACUCCAGCAGAAAUUCGUGAUGAAUAUGAAAGGCUGCAGAGAGAGAGGGAAGAGAGGAGACUGCAGCAAAGAACUAACCCUAAGGGCACCAUUAGUGUGGGUGUGGAUGCAACUGACCUGUUUGACCGUUAUGAUGAAGACUUUGAGGAGAUGCCAGGAGGAGGGUUCCCUCAUAUUGAAAUCAAUAAAAUGCACAUCUCUCAGUCAAUUGAGGCUCCAUUGACAAACACAGACACGGCAGUGCUGUCUGGGUCUCUCUCUACACAAAAUGGGAAUGGAGGAGGCAACAUUAACAUGACCAUACGCAGAGUUAUGUCAGCCAAGGGCUGGGGAGAGGUUGAGUUUGGGGCAGGAGACAUACUGGGACCUCUCUUCGGACUGAAGGUGUUUCGUAACCUGACACCACGGUGUUUCCUGACAGCCCAGUGUGGUAUGCAAUUCUCACCUCGUGGUUUGCGGCCAAGUUGUUCUCUAAUGACUGCGCGCCACCUUGACCAGAACACCAUGGGCUACCUACAGUGGCGCUGGGGGCACAACAGUGCCAUGACUACCAGCCUGGUCCGAGACACCAAGACCAGCCACUUAACUCUUGCACUACAGCUGGGCGUACCUCACUCCUACCUAAUGAUGAGCUACCAGUACAAGUUCCAGGAUGAGGACCAGACCAAGGUCAAAGGCUCUCUCAAGACUGGGUGGUUUGGCACAGUCGUAGAAUAUGGAGCAGAGAGGAAGAUCAGUCGACACAGUGUCCUGUCAGCAACUGUCAGCAUUGGCAUUCCUCAGGGAGUCACACUCAAGAUCAGGUUGGCACGUGCCAGCCAGACAUACCUAUUUCCAGUCCACCUGACAGACCAGCUACUGCCCAGUGCAGUUUUCUAUGCUACCGUUGGGCCCCUGCUGGUCUACAUGGCCGUACACCGACUGAUUAUAAUCCCAUACUCACGAGCACAGAAAGAACAAGAGUUGGAGCUGCAGAGGAAGAGCUCAGCCACAGACAUUGCUAAGAAGAAAGUAGAGGCAGAGUCGGCUGUUCUGCUGAUGCAGGAGUCUGUCAAGAGAAUCAUAGAAGCAGAAGAAUCUAAGAUGGGACUGAUCAUUCUCAAUGCCUGGUAUGGAAAGUUUGUGACGGACACCAGCCAAAAACAGGAGAGAGCCCAGGUCAUCGAUGUCACUGUCCCUCUGCAGUGCCUGGUGAAGGACUCCAAACUAAUCCUCACUGAGGCCUCCAAGGCAGGAUUGCCAGGAUUCUAUGACCCCUGUGUAGGAGAGGAGAAGAGUCUCAAGUUAUUGUACCAAUUCAGAGGCGUCAUGCACCAGGUCCUCUCUGCAGAUACCGAGUCCCUAAGGAUACCCAAGCAAUCUCACAGAAUCGAUUCAGAGUCUUAG